AUGGCCUCCACUCGCGUCCUCGCCUCCAGACUCGCCACUCAGAUGGCCACCAAGGCCGCCCGCCCUGCGGUGCGCGUCUCUGCCAUGCCUAAGCGCACCAUCACCGGCUUCUCCAGCCCCCUCCAGGCCGUCAAGCGCCAGCAGGCCACCACCAUCAAGUCCUCCAAGGUCUUCACCCAGGUCCAGGCCAAGCGCGCCUACUCCUCUGAGAUCGCCCAGGCUAUGGUCGAGGUCUCCAAGAACCUGGGUAUGGGUUCCGCCGCCAUCGGUCUCACCGGUGCUGGUAUCGGUAUCGGUCUGGUCUUCGCCGCCCUCCUCAACGGUGUUGCCCGCAACCCUGCCCUCCGUGGCCAGCUCUUCUCCUACGCCAUUCUCGGCUUCGCUUUCGUCGAGGCCAUCGGUCUUUUCGACCUCAUGGUUGCCCUCAUGGCCAAGUUCGUACACGUAAGCGAUUUACUUCGCGCUGGCGAGCUGGGGGAGGCGCAGGGUUGGGAUGGCUUUCGGACGGAGCCGUCUUCCCGCGUCUGGUCCCCCUCGGGACAGGUUCGCCUUUGGUUACGCAAUGGAGCAGCAAACCGCCUCCACACUGCGGAACAAGCACAGAGUUAA